AUGUCACAGCAAUCCAUCCUUCAGUGGUUUCAAAAGGCAGACAAUAAAGGAGAAGACGAAAGAAUAGAAGAAGCCGUUGCAAACAAUAGCAAUGAGAAACGAAAAGCACAUCAGCCAGAAGAGAUCCUUGAGCUAGAGGACUAUGAGGACGAUGAUUUUUGCAUCAUUUUGGAUGACCCUCCUUCCACUUCUUUGCCUACGGAAGAACAGAAUACCGCUGACCAGGCUAUUGCCGGAUUAUUAGUAUCAGACGAUCUCCAAAUCGUCGGAGCCAGUCAUCCAAAUGCCUUGAUGGACUUUCCACAUUCGCGUCAAGAUUGUGUCGCCCAACAUUCUAGUGCUUACGACUACUGCCACAAGUGUUAUUGCUAUGUCUGUGAUAUCAAGGCUUCGGAAUGUCAAGCAUGGCAGAGUCAUUGUCAAGCCAGAAAAGGUGUUUUUCUUUGGGAGAGCAUGCGAAGACAGGAACGCCGCAAGAGAACGCAAGCGAAAACAACAACAACAACAAUAGCAGCAGCAGCAGCGACAACAACACAAGACAGCGAUCCAGACGCGGCUCUCGCUGUUUUGGAUUUGUUUGGUCUUCCGUUUUCAGAACAAAUGCGACUGGCUUCCACACCAGCGCGAGUGUCGCCAUCGUCGGCAGCGCAAGGAUCCGCGCAACAACGAAGACGAUCACCGGCAGUGCAACGACCAACAAAACGAUCCAAACGGCGACGAGACCCACCACCGCCAACACCGUAUAAAGAACCAAUGCAAGUAGCCACCACGGAACAAGUGAUUCGCCCUGCUGCUGCUGCUGCUGCUUCUUCAGCAGACCCAACCUCCGUAGAUUCCAUACUGCGGCAAGUGUCCAAGAAUUACUUGGGAGCAGUCCUAAUGCCACCCAAGCAGCAACGAUUCCAGAGUACACUAUAUCCCUAUCAAAGGCAGAGCCUCGCCUUUAUGCAAUCUGUGGAGGAACAAGCAUCGUCAUCAUCGUCACCAUCAUCAUUGACGACAAGAAAUGACUUUGGAAGCAGCAGCAGUAGCAGCAGCAGUAGCACCAAAGGAGGUUGGUUAGCAUCCGAGGUUGGAAUGGGAAAAACGGCCAUUAUCUUGGCAUUGGUGGCAUCCGAUACCAGUCAUGUUGCGAAGGACGACUGGAGUCGACCCAAAACCACCGUGGUCCUUACUUCGGCAUCGUUGAUGGGGCAAUGGGAAGAUGAAGUGAAGAAGCAUGCUCCGAAUUUGACAGUUCGACGCUUCCAUUCCUCCUCGUCAAGAUCCAAACAUCCCAUUGAUUUGCACAAUUGGGACGAUCGUCUUUUAUUAACCACCACUGAUAUCAUCAUUUCGACAGCCACCUUUGAAUGGCCGUCGCAUGUUGUGAACAAGGUGAAAUUUCAUCGGGUGGUAAUGGACGAGGCUCAUUUGUUGUCCAAUACUACGAAUGCCAACAUUGGGUAUGCGACUCGCAUACAGGCGGAUUGUCGUUGGUGUGUCACUGCCACUCCCUUGACGGCCGGUAUUUCGGAUUUGAAACAGCAAAUGACCUUUUUGGGAAUUCAAGACAACAGUCCGUUUGGCCGUGCCUUUUCCAACGCUACCAUCAACAACGAAUCGAUCGAUGCCUUUGUUAACAUGUUUGCCAAGUAUGUGACGAGGCAUGAAAAGUCACAAAUGGUCGAUGGUAGACAAGCCGUGGAGCUCCCAAACAAAGUUGGCAAGGUAGUUUUCUUGCACACGUCUCCUGAUGAAAAGAGCCAAUAUCAAAGGAAUCUUCAAAAUCUCAAUUGGAACCAAAUUCGAAAGUAUGAGCGGGAUGGAGCAUCCAAAUGGGGCCUCGAACAAGGUCUGAUACAUCCUUUGUCAUCCGACAAGUUGUUGUCAUCGUCUUCUUCGGUGACGAUUGGUUGGAAGGACUCGACCAAAAUCUGUGCGCUCUACAAUGAAAUCAAGCAACUCUGGUCCAGCAACAGCAAUAUUCGGGCCGUGAUUUUUACGCAAUAUACCAAUACCCACGCGUUAGUCGUCCAGGCCCUCAAAGCCUUGUUUGGGAUUCCAGUCGUCUACGAAAUCACCGGGUCGACCUCGACGACGAAUCGAGAUUUUGCCAUUCGGGCCUUUCAAGGUCCCAAGAAAUUUCCGGCCUGUAUGGUAGUCACACUUGGGGCUGGUUCCGUUGGAAUGACACUGACACAAGCUUCUCAUCUCUUUCUGAUGGAACCUUGCUUAGAUUCGGCUGCCGAAACCCAAGCCAUGGGAAGAAUUGAUCGGUUGGGCCAAACGAGCGAGAUGGUCAUGAAGAAGUUUGUAUUUUCGGAUACUAUUGAGGCCAACAUGGUAGCACUGCAUUCGGAAAUUGUAAAUGGGAGAGGAUCCGUAAACAAGUCCAAGAUAUCUGCAGCUGGAGUCAAGAUCUUGACACGAGGACUAGCAAACACUCCAUAA